AUGCCGCGCAUACCGAUCAGGCAGUAUCUAGAGGAGGACCCAACCCGCGUCCUGGUCAUGGACGGAGGCCAGGGUACAGAAUUGGAGAACAGAGGAAUAGUGGUCGCAAGUCCUGUGUGGUCAGCCGCCCCGUUCCUCGACGCCGCGGCCUGGCAGCAGCCUGACUCCCGCGAGCGCGCGAUCGUUGCCUCGGUCUUGCGCGACUUCGUCGCCGCAGGUGCCGAGGUCAUCAUGACCAUCACUUACCAGGCGUCCUUCACCUCCGUCACCACUAACACUGGUAUCACCACCCUGCAGGAUUACAACGCCCUCCUCGACCGAAUCGUCGGCUUCUGCCGCGAGACCGUUGGCGACGACAAGUACCUCGUCGGCUCCAUCGGCGCAUGGGGCGCCCACGUCUGUGCAGAGUUCACCGGCGACUACGGCCCCCGCCCAGACCACAUCGACUACCUCGCCUACUUCAAGCCCCAGCUCGACAACUUCAACGCUCAGCCCGCCCUCGACCUCAUCGGCUUCGAGACAAUUCCCAACGCCCACGAGCUGCGCGCCAUCCUCUCCUGGGACGAGUCCGUCAUCGCCAAGCCCUUCUACGUCGCCCUCUCCGUCCACGACGCCGGCACGCUGCGCGACGGCACCCCCAUGGCCGACGUCGCAGCCAUAGUCGCAGCCGCAGCCCCGCUCAACCCAAACUUUCUCGGCUUGGGCAUCAACUGUUCCAGUCUCAGCCGCACGCCGGCCAUUCUGGCUGAACUGCACGCGCUCCUGCCCGCGCUGCCCAUGACCAUCUAUCCGAACAGCGGCGAAAUCUACGACCCCGUCAAGAAGGUCUGGAACGCCAGCCCGCACGUGGUCGACUGGGGCGCCGUCGUUGCCUCUUACAUACGUAGCGGUGCGCGAAUAAUAGGUGGCUGCUGCCGCACCAUCCCAAAUGACAUCCGCCAAAUCGCAGACGCGGUCAGGACCCACGCCAGAGCUUCUUCUACUGACGUUCCCGGCCACGCUUCCCCGUAA